UAUUUCCGAUACCGAUACAAUAUCGCCCAUUGCUAAGCUGAAGAACAUUCAGGAUCAUUGUGAAAUUUGUUAUUGAAUCUUUCAACAUCAUGAAAUAAAUAAAUUUUCGUGACUUGUCAAUACUCAUACUUUCCGUGAAGUGAAAUGGCAUCAAAAGUGGUAGCAACUGCAACAGUCAGGGCCGUUAAAGGCAGGAAACUUUUACCUGCGAGGGCCGCUUUGACUUUGACGCCCGCUGCUGUUGAAAGAAUAAAGCGUCUUUUAGAUGGAAAAUCUGAAUACAUUGGGCUGAAAGUCGGAGUUCGUCAAAGAGGUUGUAACGGACUGUCUUAUACUCUAGAUUACGCUACUAGCAAAGAUAAAUUAGAUGAGGAAGUCGUGCAGCAUGGUGUUAAAGUUUUAAUCGAUAAAAAAGCGCAGCUUACACUGCUAGGUACGGAAAUGGAUUACGUGGAGAACAAACUGGCGUCGGAGUUCGUUUUUAAUAAUCCAAACAUCAAGGGAACGUGUGGAUGUGGCGAAUCUUUUAAUAUGUGAAUAUAUUUUAGAAUGCAGUGCUAGUGAUGCCAUAGACAAACUAAAUAGCGGGUCGAAUUGCAGAAUCGAAUUUAGUUCAGAUGGCUGUUAUUACUUAAUUUUAGACAAAUUCAAUGUUAGUUUAACGCAUGAAUAAAUUCUAGAUUAUUCAAAAAGCAAAAAAAAAAUACAUUGUGAUAAUUAGGGUUUGCAAUAUUCCCGGGAAUUGAUUUCCCGGGAAACGGGAAUAAAAAAUCUCAUUUCCCGGGAAUUCCCGGGAACCGGGAAUAAGUAAAAUUUCUUAGCAAAAAUGAGAUUUCAAAAAAAAGUUUGAAACUAAAAAAUAUCUAAAAAUCGUUUACAAUUUCAUUAUCCAUUCGCAUGAAAAACGAAUUACAAAACAAACCUUAUUCAAGUUUACAUCAGAGCCUCUUCGCUAACUUUUUCAAAUAUAUUAACUAUGCCAUUACACGAUGCGAACUAUUUUCAAAAAAUAAACUGCUUAGUAAAUUUAGUUUCCAUUGACAUAACAAACCCUUUUGGAAUUGGUAUCACCAUUGAUUAGAGAGUCUGACUCCAUGUAAGAAUUUUGAUUGUUCAACUGGAACGUUAUUCAGCCUCUCGGUAGUUUUCUUUGAAAGACCUAGACAAACUGGAAGGAAAUGAUAGAAUAAUUAAUAAUCUGUUCAAUAUGACUCUAAAUAAGUUAGUUUCAGAGCAUUUGAAUGUAAACGUAAUUAAUCCCAAAGAUGAUUUUUCGUGUGAAAUCGCGGCCACGAGCCAAAUUACGCUGACUGAGUUUUUAUUAAAUUAUUUAUUUCUGGUCGCAUUGAUUCACGGGUUUCAAAUUUUCUUGAUCAA